ACCGCAUGGAAGCCAUUUUGCAUAAUAGCAAGGCGGGGGGGGGGAUGUUUUUCUUUUGUUCCUUCUGGAACGAUAAGCUUUUUUUAAGCUAUUGGUUUUGUCUACCAUAUUUCUGAAAGUCACAAAAACACCCCAACUUUGUGCACUGAAACCAACAUGUUUUGAGGGUCCGUCUGCUCUUACCCGCCCGGAACGGCUGGAUGAGGACGGGGCCCCCCACUUUGUUCCUUGGAUUCUGCCACCCAGGGGCCCCUCCCUCCCCCCCUUUUCACGCAGGAGGAUCAGGAGUGUUGGGGGGGGGCAGCCUGCCCUCUCUUCCGGCCUGCCCACGGCCAAUACUGGAGAAGCGGCCACUUCCCCUCUCCUGCCGGGUUGCGUGAAAUGCUGCUGCCGCCUCUGGCCUUUCCUUGCUGCCCCCGAAGUCGUCGAUACUGCCUCCCCCUGCCCCCCGCCGGGGCUCAGUACUGCCCCAUGGGAGGUGGGGCUGCCGUCCCACAACCUCUGGGGACCCACAGCACAGACCCCCCGGCCUCCUGGCCCUUAGAGCGCCUCCUGAUUCCCUCCAGCCAUUUCCGUUUCCAGGGGGAGCGAGGGAUCCCCCGCAGGCACUUCUGGAAAGGGACGCUCAGAGCGAGGGUCAUCCCUGCGCCUAGCCUAGGCACCGCCACGCUGCGCUCUGGGUCUGCGCAUGUGGACCGUGUUGCCUGGAGUUGCGUCCUGUGACACUCAGAAGCCUGCACAGGGCAGGGAGGAGAUCCUCGGAGCUGGGAGCGGGACGGCACCCUGCGCCCGUUUUCACUGGGGUGGGCGGCUGACCGCAUGUGGCCUUCCCUGGAGGGGCGGGGGGGGGGCCGUGGCUCAGUGGGAGAGCCCCCGCCUGCUUGGCCUGCACAAGGUCCCAGGUUCAAUCCCUGGCGGCGGCAUCUCCAGGCAGAGCUGGGAGAGACCCCCCCCCCCCUGAAGAGCCUGACACCCUGGAGAUCAGCUGCCAGGCAGUGUAGGCAGUCCUCAGCUAGGUGGGCCAAAGGUCUGACUCGGUGUGGGGCUGCUUCCUGUGCUCCUCUGGGGAGGGGGAGGAGGAGGAACAGGGACCCAAAGCCGAGAACCUUGCCUUGGCCUGACAGCAGCAGCAGCAGCAGGCUGUGUGCAGACCGUGUCCCCCCCCCCCCGGCACACAUGCACAAAGGCUGCCUGGCUCUGCUCCAGUAAUGCCCCCCCGCCCCGCCCCCCCCAGACUCAUUAGCUGUCCUCUGAAAGAGAAUUGUUGUCCUGCUUGAACCUUUCGGGGCAGGGAGAGGAAGUGGCUCUUGGCACAGAGGCAGCAAUGACGCUGGGGGCUGGCCUCGGAGCAAGAGGAAGACCUCGCUCACCCCACAGGUGUCUUCCUUGGGUGCAAACCCUGCCCCAGCCCCCCACCCCACCCCACCCAGCCCCAAUUCCCUGCUGGGGCUGCAGGAGAGAAAACCCAGCCGUGCUGCCCAGACUCAAAGCCUGGGACGUUGGGUGUGUUUCCCCUUGGAGCAAGUGUUGCCAAAGCAACUGUGUCCCUGACCACGUGCAGAGUACUCUCCCGUUGGACUCUUAAGCACAAGGCACGUUAAGGAGAAAGUAGACAGAAGCUUCUCUCCCGCUCCCAUAGUGCUUGGACCUGGGGGUGGGUCAUCCCGCGAAGUUGGUUUUGGGAGGGGCUCCUUCACACGGCUUUUUACGAACUGGUGGUGGGGCUCAGGCCUCUGGCUUGGAGGCCUCCAAACGCUCCUGUCCUAGAAGUGUGGCCUGCCUGCAGCGGCAACCGAAAGGCACUCCCCACGCGCUCAGGAGCACUCUUCCUCCUUUGCGCUAGGGUUCAGGUGGGAUCCUGGCACUAAACCUGGGAGAGCCUGUCUCCCUUGAAGGGGGCGGGUUGGAUGGGGUGGUGCUCGCCAGGGGGUUCUUUUGCUGCAUCCCACAUUGCACACACACACACACGCUCUCUCUCUCAAGUAUGGUGCCAUCUCAGAACAAGGGCAGGAAGCACGUGCCCGAGGGAGCAGCCGCCCUUCUGGAGGAACCGGGCCACUUGAGCCCGGAGCGGUGCACAUGGUUAUGUCUGUCUUCACAGCAACCCUGCGAGUGGGACCUGGUGUGUCAUCUGCAACCCCUCAAGAGCCUGGCCCAGUCCCUCUUCAUGGCCGGAGUCCUGGUGGGCGCCUUCAUCUUGGGAGACCUCUCCGACCGGUUUGGGCGCCGGCUGGUGCUGAUCUGGUCCUUGCUGCUGGUGGCGGUGAUGGGGACAGGAGCCGCCUUCUCGGACCGCUUCGCCACCUACUGCGUCUUCCGCUUCCUGAGUGGCGUGGGCAUCUCGGGGUUCCUGCUGAACUACAUCUGCCUCAGUCUGGAGUGGGUGCCCACCCAGUACCGGGCGGCGGUGGUCUCCAUCCAGAGCUACUGCAGCACGGCAGGGCAGGUGCUGCUGGCCGGCCUGGCCUAUGGCCUCCGGGACUGGCGCGGGCUGCAGCUGGCCAUCUCCGCCCCUUUCUUCGGCUUCUUCGCCUACUCCUGGUGGCUCCCGGAAUCUGCUCGCUGGCUCCUGGUCCACAACGAACGCCGAGCCGCCCUGCACAGCCUGAAGCAGGUGGCCAGGAUCAACGGCAAGGCGGCCGCUGGGGGGGCCGUGGUGCUGGAGAUGCUGGAGACACAGGUGGAGAGCAGCCCCCCCGGGAAGGGGGCCCACUCCUGCCUGGACCUCUUCCGGACGCCCACCCUGAGACGCAUCAGUUGCUGCCUCAUGUUCAUCAGCUUCUCCAUGAACAUGACCUACUUCGGCCUGUCCAUGGAUCUCUCGGUCUUCGGCCUGAACGUCUUCCUGGUGCAGCUCUUCUUUGGGGCGAUGGAUCUGCUGGCCAAGAUGGGCUGUGCCCUCCUGCUGGCCUUCUGGGGCCGCCGCACCAUCCAAGCGGCCUCCCUCAUCCUGGCCGGGAUCUUCCUCUUGGCCAGCCUCCCGGUGCCGCCUGAGAUGCUGAUGGUCCGCCUAGCCUUUGUGGUGCUGGGAAAGGGCUGCCUGGCGGCCUCCUCGAUGUGCCUGUACCUCUACGGCGGGGAGCUCUUCCCAACGGUCGUCAGGCAAACGGGCACCAGCUUCACAACGGUGAUGGCCCGCCUGGGCGGCAUCGUGGCCCCCAUGGUGCUGAUGUCUGGCGAGUUCCAGCCCUUCCUGCCUCUGGUGAUAUUCGGGGUCAUGCCCAUCCUCUCCGGCGCCUCGGCUUGCUUCCUUCCUGAAAUGCUCAACGUCCCCCUGAUGGACACCGUGGCACAAGUGGAGGAAAGAGCCAGCUGGAAGUCCAAAGCCAUCUUCGGGGAGACGCCAGGGAACAUCACGGCCCCAGUCAUCCGGUCCACUCGCUUCUGAGCCCCCCAGACCUCCCUCCUCUCUGGGGCCCGACUCAGGCCUGCCUUGGCACAGGGUGCCCCCCGGCCCCCUCUGGGUUGGGAGAGCUGCCACAGGAGGGUUUCCCAGGCACCGCAAGAGGCAGGUUCACGAAAGCUGCUGGCUGUGGAGUAGCCCCCCUGGAAGGCCAGCCACAAGCCCUGCAGGGCUCACCUCGGAGGGGCCAGCAACCCUGCGCAGUGGCCGGGGGUGCUCAGAAGCGCCCACCACCCGUGGAGUCCUCUGGAGUCCUCUCUGCGCCCGUAGCCUUUGUGUGGGGCUGGCAGACAGCGACCCAGAGAGAGCCGCUCCGUCCUUGUCCCCUCUUGGUGGGGGGCACCCCGGUAGGGAGGGGCCCCACGGAGCUGGCCCUGAAGCAGGGAACACAGCAGCCAUUGCCCAUUCUGCUGGUUGAACUGGGGUUUUCAGCAUUAUUUAUUGGGAAGGGGUGAGGGUUUCGACCACUCUCCCAAGAGUUUACCACGAUGCUUUCUUUGUGUCUGUAAAAAUAAAUGUGGUUUUUUU